AUUUUUCAAAACCCAAUAAAACAUCAUAACUCAAACCAUUUCACUAUUAUUCACAAACUAUUUCACUACUAUUUACAAAUUUCUCAUCUCACCUCAUUCCUCAAGCAUCCCCUCUAAAAGCAUCUUCUCCCUUUUGUGAUAACAAGGUGGAGGAUGUUGUAUUAGGUUCAAAACCCAUGGAGCACAUAUGUAACCUAGCAAUUCAAAAAAGUAAUAUAUAUAUAUAUAUUUAUAUAAAUUUCUUUUUUCACUUUUGACCCCAGUUUUCUCUCCGUACAAUUUUCACUUUUCUCCCUCCCCUGUUUUCUCAUGCAUGUAUGUAAACUCAUCUCCAGUGCCUCACGUCGGAGUUGAUUAACUCAACUCCUAGUCAGUUUUUCUGGUCUUGUAUUAGCUUCUUUUUCAUUUUCAUCUAUGGAGUAUGUUAGGCACUUCAAGGUGGAAUCAAAAUCCUUUUUUUUCAUGUUGGAGGGGGGUAGUAGCAUUUGUAUUACUGAACAUAGCAGAAGAUUGGUCAAAAGGCACGUAAAAGCCAGAGGGUGCUUCUUGCACUUGGCAGAACUUGGAUUUGAAAAAAAGAGGGGAUCAGUGCUGGUUAAAGGCUUGAAGGGCAAUGAUUGGGAGGAUUUCGCUUACCACCUGGGUAAAGUUGCUGGCAAUCAUCUAAGAAGGACACUAGAGGAAGAAAUCUUUCCACCCUCCAACAGGACCUCAUAUGCAGCUGCAUUGAGCUUGCUGGCAAGGAGUGUCCCUGACACGAUGGCUGACAGGAAGCAUGCAAUGGGAGAAAGGCUGUGUAGCAGACCUAUCACUGACAUGGGUGGUAGGGGAGCCCCUGUUGCAGGUACUAUGUUGGGAGAUGUAGAAGGGGUGCUGUGGGAGGUCAGAGGCCAUUUGUCAGGGCUAUCAGAAGAGAUUUCGGUUCCUAUGAGGAAGGUUGACUGGGGCUUAAGCACGUUAAUGGGCCAAAGAAAUGGAGCUGCACAGGAGCAGGUCUGGAAAGGCUGUGCAGGAAAGGAUAUGCAGGAUUAGGCCUGCACAGGAACUGAAGAGGCCCAUGGAUCAGGCCUCGUUAGGGUUUCUCAUAGGGUUGGGCCCACAACCCAGAAGCCCACCAAGCUCGUGAGCCUUUUGAUCCUUCUCGGGCUCGAGCCUCUACCUUAGGUUCGAGUGCCCUAAUCCCGCCGACACCCUUGCCGGCAACACAGACAUCGCCGCGGACCCUGUUGUUCCUAUAGGCACUGUUAGUGCGCGGCUUAAGGGCACGACAGCGACAACAUCGACUUCGACAACGCUGUUUGGAGAGGAAAAUGACGCUGCCACGCUUCCUAGGCUAUCGGAGGCUUGACGCCGCCACAGAAAGGGCCAAUAGGCUCAGUCGAACCCUUGGGUUGCAACCUGGACCCUCUCUCGACUCUAGAUGAAGUCUUCACGAACCCAGUGGUCGAUAACCCAUCGAGAGAGGACCCAUGGGUAUUAUUGUGAUGUGGGUCAAGAGAGGAGUUGAUUUGGUGGAGGAGUUUAUUGAGGAGUUUGUGGGUUGCAUGUUCUUUCACUACUUUGGAGGAUGGAUUUGGGUGGGGUUUUGCAGGCGUAUAUGGACCUAACAAUGACAACAACAUGAAGCUUCUUUGGGAUGAGAUUGCUGGUUUGUGUAGCUGGUGGGAGAGCCCAUGGUGAAUUGGAGGUGAUUUCAACAACACUCGGUUCUCGAGUGAGAGGUCGGGGGUUUCUAACUCAGGAACAGCCAUGGCUGACUUUUCAGCCUUAUUUCCUGAAAUGGACUUGAUUGAUCUCCCACUGGCGGGGGGUGACUACAUUUGGUCAAACAGGAAGGCAUGGUCUUGGCUGGACAAAUUUAUUGUCUCUCCUUCCUGGGAGGCACACUUCCCCACUCUAUGCCAAAAACGCCUCCCUAGGCUUUGCUUAGAUCAUUUUCCACUUUUGCUGGACUGCGGGGGUCUUCAUGAGGGGCAGAGAUAUUUCAAACUUGAGAAUAUGUGGCUGAAGGUAGAUGGGUUCAUGGACAAAAUCAGAUCAUGGUGGUGGUCCUAUCAUAUCUCGAGCAUCCCCAAUUUUGUGUUAGUGGGGAAACUUAAAGCCUUGAAAAAUGACCUGAGGACUUGGAACAUGGAAGUCUUUGGGAAUCUAAAUGACCAAAGGUAUAAUUUUUUUCAAGAACUGCAGUGAUUCGAGGACAAAAAGGUGAUUGGGGCCCUCACGGCUGAUGAAAAGGAAAGGAAAAUGGUUGU